AUUGGUGCCUCCGGAAUCCACCCCAUGUUACCCUACGGUGCUAAUAGUGUGAAGAGGUCGAAGUAGGAUAGUCUCUACCAAGGUGGAAUGAAUGAUAUGAUUAUGACCAAUCACCUGGGUUUCGGCCUCUUUGACUCCUGGAGUGUUCACCUUUGUCGGAGCAAUGGGUCUAAGAUUGGUGAAUUUGAUCGCCUGACCUUGAUAUUGGUGAAAGACCAAGACAAAGCCAGUUCGCUAUCUAUAUCCCCUAUAAAGGCUAGACCGCGGGCAAAGGCAUAUGCUGGCUAGGUACUAUUGUGGCAUUAUGCCAUGAUUGUGCAUUGUGUGACGUGAUUUCGAGUUAGGGCCUGACUCCUCCUGGGUCUCGGUAAUUAGGUAUAUAAGUAACAUUUCGCAUUCUAGGAAAUCCAAGAUGGUCCUCCAAGACACGCACACGCACACACACGAACGCGGACGCAUACUGAACAUCAUAGCUCAAUUCGCAACCAUGCUCACCACGUCGGGGUGUAUGGCGUACAACUUUGGAUUCGCAGCCAACAUACUCACCACGACGGAGUAUUAUACGCUCAACUUUGGUGCCAUUAGGCUAGUGCAAUGCGAAUGCAGGUUCGUGGAACUCGAGGGCGAGAUGGGCGCCAUCGCAAAGGAGUAUGUCGAUACCUUCCAAUCCUUUGCCCGUGCCUGCCACAAUCUGGUAGGUGCUCGGAGCCCCGACCAGGCGAAAGCUCUCGUCCUCAAGUCCAACGUCAGGUGCGCAUGGAGCGAGCUCAAGGGGCCAUACCAUCGGAUACGGAGGAUGGCAAGGGAGAUGCUGAGCCUCAUCAAGCACCAGCAGGAGUGGCGGGCCAUCAUGGCCGAAUGCAUGGACCCCGACGUGUACUGGUCGGCCAUCUCGCCCGACGACGUGGACCCCGACAUCACGGACCGCAUCCGGGCGGCCAGGCAGCCCUGGCACUACUUCGAGGACCCCGGCCACUCGCCCGACGAGCGCUGGGACCUGCCCACCGGGCCGAUGCUGGUGCCGGGGCCGCGUGACGAGGUUGCAGAGAGGCGCUCAUGGGGGGUUCGCGCGGCCCUCCUGUCCAACGCAUGGAUUUUCUCUCGUCUGAUUGUUUCCGACGAGGAGGCUUUUGUCCAGGAGAAUAACCCGCCGGUUGCAUACGAGCUUCUAAAUAUCUCGGGGGUGUGCGGGCUUGGGUUUAGUGUGUGAGGUAUUGCACUUGGCGAUACCGGAAUAGGAAAGUGGCAUGUCGUUUUCUGGCUGCCACGGGCGCAGAUUGUGUGCGGGCGGUCCAGGUCUAUCCAUCGAGGUGGGCCGUGCACUCACGUGCCUGGGCCCCACCUCAUACAUUUAGCGACGGGAGUUGGUAAGCUAGAUGAAGCGUAGGCAGAUAACCUGGUGACAUAUUCUACAAAACACUGUAUUCGAAUCCGUAUUAUUGACUUGAGCUCAUUGACUAUUUAUUGCGUGAAAGCGGCCCGCCGCGGCUCCUUUGUCGACACUCCCCAAAAACGCGCCCUGUCUGCCGAGAAGAGUAGACUAAAAAAAAAAGAAGAAAAAAAAGAAUCAAGCUCAUGAAGUCCUCGCGCCCGUCAGAUUAUUCUCGGCCGCCAUGUUGGCAAAGAUAUCGAGGUCGAGGGGGAGGCGCUCGCCCAUCCAGAUCGCGCGCUGCGAGUGGUCGCGGCGGGCGACCUCGAUCUUGUCCUCGCCGGGGCCCGCGACCGUGUUUGGGUGCACGAGGACGGACAAGGGGCCGCGCCAGAUAGCGAUCCAGGCCACCACGGCGCCGAACUGAGCCGGCGUGAAGACGUUGAGUUCGAUCAUGGCGACGGGGUGAGGCCCGAUGGGGCCAUCGAAGAUGUUGAAGACGCGGAGCUCGGGGACUUUUUUUUGUUCGAUGGGAGGAGGGUUUUAUUAGUGA